AUGCGGUAUUUCACGUUGGGAGUAGCCGCUCUAGCGGGCCUGGUGAAUGCUCAGGUGCUGCCGACAAUAACUAUCUCGCCUUUCCUCACCUCUACAACAUCUAGCUCCACGACUACUGGGACACCAGUGGUAGCCUCCGCAACGGCUUCUGCUGCCGCUGCGCAAACGCAUACUAUUGCCGUCGGAGCGUCUGGAUUUGCAUUUUCACCCGCGAAGACGGAAGCCAACGUCGGCGAUACCAUCGAAUGGAUCUUCUAUCCCGAUGCUCACUCGGUUAUCCGCGCCGAGUUUGGAUUUCCUUGCACGCCAUACGAGUACAUCGACAUUGGCCGCGAGGGCUUCUACAGCGGAAACCAGUCGGUCAAGGCCAUCACGAAUGAUAUGCCACGAUACAGAGUUCGCGUCAAUGACACCCUUCCGAUCUUCUACUACUGUGGUGCUCCCGGUUCAUGCUACAAAGAGAAGAUGAUCGGUGUAAUCAACGAGAACUCGACCCAGACCCUCGACAAACAGCUCGAGGCAGCCCUCCCACUGACCACCCAGAUUCUCCCUGGUGAACCCUUCCCGACUGAAUCAGAUGCACCAAAGGCAACCAGCGGCGGCUCCAACAACGGCGCCGUCAUCAACAACUACCAUCACAGUGUGAGCGGCGGCCAAAUUGCCGGUAUCGUGAUCGGCUCUCUAGCUUUCCUCUUCCUGGGAGGCCUAUUGGUAUACCUGUGCGGCCGACGAGGCGGCAUCAACCGCGCGUAUAAGAGAACCUCUACCGCAUACCAGGCACCUCCCACUGCUCCAUCCCAGCCCGUGGUGGCGGAGCUCAAUUACUCGAUGCAAACCAAGAGUCCAUCAACUCAAGGAUGGAGAAAUAGUCACUACAGCAACUUCAGCGGCCCCUACCGUGACCACGCCACUCCGACGGCCCAAUUCUCCCCUCAACUGAGCCCCCAACCUACCGGAUUCACACAUCCUGUUAACGGCAUGCAGACCUACUACGAUCACCGGAUCUCGUCUGUAGCUCCUAGCGUCGUCGUCGAAGCCCCAGAUAACCAGGCGACGACUCCUGCUGCGGCCCCUCCUGCACCCGCCGCUGCGCCAGUCGAGCUGCCAACGGCGAGGGACUUGGGUAAUUCUCCGCCACCCAGAUACAUGCCACGUUUCUCAUUCGCAGAGCAGGAAAGUGAAUAUCGACCAUCGAUAAAGGAGUGA